GAUGACACAAACGCCUCAAGCCCGCAACCUAGCAUCAGCGGCCGGUGGCGUACUCCCCAGGCCAUCGCUACGCUACGCCGCUCCCUCGCCCGCCCCCGGCGGGGAGAUGCCGACUCCAAAGUUCUCCGCGUCCCGCCCUACCACCCACUGGCUAUGGCCGCACCACCCCUAUUCCCUUACUGGCCCAGCGCAGCCAUGGGUUCAAUCUUCGCCGCGGCCUCCUCCGCGUUCGCCGUCAAGGUUCUGAGCCUCAGACAAGUGCGCCCUGGCCGGGUCCGUGGACGGGGCCCUGCCUCCACUGGCUCGGUACAGAGCGUCAAGGACCUCAUCGAGAAUGCACAAGUGCAAGCCAUCAUCCGGGGCCCUCAGAUACUGACCGAAGCAGAUCAUGUCGCUCGCCUGUGCCGCCGCAACCACAUUCCGGUUCUCUCCUUCUCCGGCAACUUUCCAACAUUGUGUACCUUCUGGCUAGAACAUCCUGUAACAGCUUCCAGAGGCCAUGCCACGAUUGGACUUGCACUUGGAAGUGACACUAUAACCUUCCAUAAUGCGAAAGCAGGUAGACGAAUUGGCAGAAAACUACAUACGAUAAAAUCAAGAAAGGAUUGCAGGGGUGAAACAGUGCUCAAGAUUGCCGUGCCAGAUAAGAAAGGUUUUUAUGUUUUUGUGAAUGCUAUUGAUCCUAUUUCGAAGAAGCUAAACAUCACUGGCUACAGCAUUGAUGUCUUCGAGGCCGCUAUGAGGAAUUUAAAUCCUCGCCCGUGCUAUGAAUUUGUUCUCUUCGAAGGUACUUAUGAUGAGCUAGUAGGCAACGUGUCUUCAGGGGUGUAUGAUGGAGCAGUAGGCGAUGUGACCAUAACCGUGGAACGAGUGACCAGGACAGACUUUACUAUGCCAUACACACAGUCUGGUGUAUCUAUGCUUGUGCUUGCUCAGGAUGAACCAGAAACAAUCCGAUGGACAUUUGUAAAGCCACUAAGUGGGAGUCUUUGGUUUGCAACUGCAGUCUUCUUGUUCUAUACUGGCUUUGUUGUGUGGAUGAUUGAACUACCCAGAAAUCAGGAAUACCAAGGAUCAAGUUUGCGACAGUGUAGCACUGCCCUCUACUUCGUUUUCUCCACUUUGACAUUUUCUCAUGGUGAAAGUAUAAGAAGCCCCUUGUCAAAAAUUGUUGUGGUGGUAUGGUGUUUUGCUGUGCUCAUUCUAGUACAGAGUUAUACAGCAAGCUUGUCAUCUAUCCUGACCGCAAAGCGGCUUCGUCCUUCAGUGACAGACCUGAACCAGCUACGGAACAGUGGUGACUUUGUAGGAUACCAACAUGAUUCAUUUGUGCGGUCUCUCUUGAUGAAGCACAAUAUCAGUGAAAGGAGGUUAAAGAACUACACAAAUAAAGAAGAAUAUGCUGAUGCUUUGAGGAAGGGAUCCAAGAAUGGGGGGGUGUCAGCUAUCGUUGAUGAGAUUCCCUAUUUAACUUCUUUCCUUUCCGACCCUCGCUACAACAAUGAUUUUAGGAUGGUGGGCUGCAUAUAUAGGACUCCUGGCUUUGGUUUCGCAUUUCGUCUAGGUUCUCCGCUAGUGCAUAAUCUUUCAAUUGCCAUCCUGAGACUAGCAGGAGAGGAUGUUGCUGGCUCAAAAAUCGAAGCGAAAUGGUUCGGCACAACUUCACCACCAAUGGGUGCUGGCACGCUCACUGACACUGAUUCCGCGGCUCUCACUUUACAAAACUUCUCUGGUCUCUUCAUCAUCACCGGAUCUAUUUCAACUCUCAUGCUUCUGAUAAGCAUUCUGAGAUUGGUUCGUGCCAAGUGCACUGGCUUGAGAAGGGCCAACAUGGAAAGUGUCAGCUACAGCGACGCCGAACAUGACUCCCAUCCGUUGCAGAAUGGCAUGGGUGACAACCCCAGCCCAGAUCAUCAACCCCUCCGUGAAGCUCGCAAUGGAGAUUCCCAGGGUGUCCAUGGGAGCGGCCAAAAUGCUGGGGACUUAGAACCUGGCCCGGUGCAGCAAAAUUGUAUGCAUACUGGCUCUGUGCCUGCGAAACACAUUCAGAUUGAGACGAUCAUUCUCUGAGACGAAUCUUCUAGGGAAGCGGCAGAUGCUCGUGGGUCAUCUCUUGCCACUGAAGCGAUGCUACAUUCCACACCUUAGAUUAAUUAGAUAGAAAUGUGGUACAUUGUAAAAGGAUCAUCGGUAUGACUUUGUGGGCACUCAGGGCAUACCCACAUCCACAUGUACCUAAAAGGGGUGCACCGACACCCGGUUUGGAAUGGUUUCUUAAUUUCUUUGGUAUAUUUCACCAUAUCUAUACCACUAAUGACAGUGGUUUCUUGUUUAA